AUUUUCACUAUUUCUUCAUAGGGUAGCAAUUACUUGUAGACCGUGUUUGAAAACUGAAACUUGUGCAGAUCAAGUCGUGCUACUGAGAGCAAAACUUGAAACUUUCCUGGUUAAUUCUAUGGAAGGAGGUCUUAUUUCAGAUGGUGUUAUAGCUCAGGAUAUUAACCAAGCAUCGUCUUUUUGGCGUAUUAGAGAGGGUAUACCAGAAGCUUUGAUGAAAGCUGGAGCCGUCUACAAGUAUGACUUGUCAUUGCCUGUUGAAAAACUCUAUGACAUUGUUGUACAGAUGCAACUUCGGCUUGGAAGUUCUGCGAAGGUAUGUGGAUAUGGUCACCUUGGGGAUGGUAACUUACACCUAAAUAUUUCAACGCCUAACUAUGAUGACAAUGUCUUUUCUCAGAUAGAACCCUUUGUCUAUGAAUGGACAGCAGCACAUACGGGAAGCAUAAGCGCAGAGCAUGGCAUAGGGCUGAUGAAAGCUGAUAAAAUUCAUUACAGCAAGUCUACAGAAACUGUGAGAUUAAUGGCUUCUAUUAAGAAGUUAGUGGACCCCAAUGGCAUAAUGAAUCCUUACAAAGUUCUUCCUCAAUCUAUUCUCCAUGAUAUAUGAGGAUUCUGAGCAAAGCAUUAGCUGCUGCAAAGGAUGGCAUAUUUGUAAACGAGCCUUAGUGUUUCUCUUCAUAUUACGGACAACAUGCUGAUACUCAUAAAUUUGAUGAAGUAAAUUCAUAAGAUAAUUGCCGUGCUUCCCGAACUUCAUGUACUAUUAUCUCAAUAGCUGAAGAAGAAGAUUAUGCUAGUUAGAGUGAACUGUGAUAAGAAACUUAGCGACAUAUCUAUGAUUGAGUUCUGCAAGAGUUAUGUUGGGUUUGGUUAUAUCCAAAUCAUCUUAGUUGACUUAACUACAUUGAUUGGACUUAAAUGGUAUUUUGAUAAUUUCUUUUAUGUAAUGAGAAAUAUACUUAUAUGGUCAAAUAGGUGGCGAUCGCAAAGAUUUACAAGGGUUAGCUUUUGUAUAAAUAUUUCAAAAAAUAAAAAUAAUAAAAUAAU